AUGGUAGUUCGAUGGAAGCAUCGGAAUUUGAGGGAAGAAGGAGCAGAGACUGUACAUGUGCCUGCGCGUGCACUCGAGAAACGUCAUAGAGUCUAUGAAUCUAAGGAGCGGAGCAAUCAUACAAACAUAAAAACGAGCGAGACCGCUGAUAAAAGCUAUAAAUUCGUUAUUGUUAAGGCGGGUAAAAUUUUGGCGGCAACAACGCCUGCGACAUUCUUAGAAAGCGGGAGCGCGGGAAUCAAUAAAGGAUUUCCUGGCGGCGUGCCCACGCAUGUGCGUGGCGCCCGAGGCCCUGAACCUCGUCCAUCGUGGCGUCUUCGACAGCCUCCGUUCCUGCUAUCACAAACCUUUCAUCACCUUGAAAUUUUGUGGCUGCGUUAUUGGGCGUAUGAUUCGCGCGCAGCGUCACUGCGGCUGGGUGGGGCGGGCCGGACGGCGCCGGCCGCCGCGGCUCACAGUACACUCUGUUGCCUCGCGGCGCGCCUGCUCUACGUCCCCGUCGGCCACACGACCCGA